CACCGCUCUUCAGUAAGACAAGAAUCCAGCUCGAGUUUCCAACUUGCUUCUAAGUUUUGGAGAUUUUUUUGUGUUUCGGGCGUUCUAAUAGAAGUCAUGGAGAGCGAUUGUACGGACUGAAAUAUUUUUUAUUUCAGCUCACCGAGUUUAGAAGAAUUCACGGAGGAUACGCGAUCGUUUUAGCAGAUUUUUAACAGGUUAGCCAGCCUGUUUCGGGUGCUAUGUGGACGUAAGCCUUCCUUAGAAGUGCCAUGCUCGCCACACAGAUGCCAGAAACACCACUAGAGGCCAAAGAUACCAAACAGAUUAAAGAGAGGUUGGCACAGUCUCUCAAGGCCCUGCAGAAACGUUACAUAACAUCGGAUGCUGUGGUUACCAGUGACGAUGGGGAUGCUAACCUCCUCUGCUGUGCCCUGGAGGCCAUCUUCAUCCAUGGAAUCAAGAGUAAAUGCAUCCGCUCUGAAGCUGGAGGCCGGAGCAGGAAGGGCGAUCGAGGCCCCCUCCCUCAGCCUUUUUUCUGGAGCCUUCUUAAGACCGUCACUCACCGAGACGUGAUCACAGAGCUGGAGAAGAUCAGUUUCCUCUGCACAGAUGUGGGUCGCUGCCGAGCGUGGCUGCGCUUGGCACUCAACCACGGCCUGCUGGAGUGCUACCUCGCCUCUCUGUUUCGGGAGGACUCCAAGCUGCGCGCCCAUUACCAACCCAGUGCCUUGCUUCUGAACGAAGAGGAGCGAGAAGUUCUGCUCAGCUACGUCCAGGGUCUAGCCUCGCUCACGUUUAACCUGUCUUACAAGUCAGCUGUUCUCAACGAAUGGACCACCACCCCUCUGGCUCUUGCUGGACUGUGCCCCCUGUCUCAGGUGGAGGUACUUGCCCCGUCUGUUAAUGGCGGAGACCAUACUAACUUCAAGCCAACACGUAAAGAGUCAUGGGACACAGCGUCCCAGUCAUCAGGCUCGUCCGAGGCUGUGGACGUGCAGAAAGUCUGCCCGGUUGUGCCGUCAAAGACGACAGCAGAGUCACGAGAAGAAAGAACUGGACUUCACUCAUCUAACUUAAGUCUGGACACGACAGGGUCCUCGCACCUGUCCUCCAGCUUGAGCUCUGAUAGCCUUCUGCAGGGUCAGGACCCCCGCAGCCCCACAGGGGACCAGUGGUCGUCAGGUGACCUGGACGAAUCCGUCAGCAUCAGCACCAGAAGACUUCAGAAAGAUUUACUGGUUGAUUUCUGUGAGAGCGGUCAGUGCAGUCAGGACUCCAUGCGAGAAGACUCGUUUGUCUCCAGCACAGGAGCUGAUCCUUUCUCAGAGAUUGCCAAUUUCAGCAGUUCGUACAGCGAAAUCCAAAGUCACCAGAUGCCGUCCCAAGAUUUGGUGGAGCGGCUCCCAAAUUCCUUCAUCCAGCUGCCAACAGCUGAGGAGCAAACUGAGAUCCAGGGUGUAACCUCUGAUUUACCAUCAGAAACCGAGGUGGUCCCUUCAGUCAGCAAGCCCCUUCAGCCUACAGGGGAGCAGCAAGUGGCUGGUGUUCAGGAAACUGCAGAGCCGGUCCAGGAAAUGAAGCAAGCAGACAAUUUAAAGAAGCCCAACACAGAAUUUCUGUCACGCAGAGCAUCUCAGCGUUCUGUGACCAUCGCUAGCAGGAAACUCUCCUUAGAUUCACUGUCACAUUCUCAUUCUUGGAUUUCUGAUGACGACAUCUACAAGCCUGACCUGGAGCAAGUGUCAGACAGUGACGAAGUGUCUCCUGUUCCUAUAGCUGAGCCCAGUCAUUGUCAGUCCCCUCCUAGUGUUGUCCAUCGCAGACAGAUAGGGCUGUCCAACCCCUUUCGAGGCUUGCUGAAGCUUGGUCACCUGGAACGACGGAGUGCGAUGGCAAUUUGGCGUGACUACUACUGCGAACUCUCCCCCUUUGAGUUCCGUCUGUAUCUGAACGCUGAGGAGCGGACAUGCUGCGACAACUGCUCCCUGCUGAGGUGCGAAGACGUUCGAAUCUCAUCAGAAGGUCGCUUUGAGUUGAUCUUUUCUGGAAAGCGGCUUUAUCUCCGAGCAGCCAAUCGCGACGAAGCUGAAGACUGGGUGGACCGCAUCGUAGAAGCUGUGAACAAAUGCAGGCCUGCGGCUCAUGCUGACGAGCAGUGGGAAGUGCUUCAGUCCUUGAGGGAAAACGGAGUGGAUGAGCGCGCGCUUUCCUCUCCGUCCUCUGCUUCCUCCAGCCCUGAGCGACACUUCUCUUCCUCUGACACAAACGGCCGACAGCAGGCCGCUUCCCCUCAGGAGUUCAUCUGGACUCGCACUACAGAACUGGAAACCGAUGCUCUCAAAGAAGCAGUCUUGUAUUUCUCCACAGAUUCUGAGGCCAGAACAUGGAGACCUCUGGUCUUUUCCCUCUCCUUGGAGGCUCUGAAAAGCUUCCGGGUGCAAGAGGGAAAGAAGUUGCUGUGGCUAACUCAUCCCAUUGAGGAGAUCCGGGAUGUUGUUCCUGAUGUCUCCCAGGGCGGAGCAGCAUUUUUCAAAGUCCUGACUGUGAAAGAGUCUUUGAGAUUAAGGGCAGAAAACUCAGAGGAAGCCCGCUCCUGGAGGGAUCUGAUCCGGGGAGCUUUGGACUCGUACUUGGAAAGUGGGGAGGACGGACAUCCUGAGGAGCCUGCACCAGUUUGGAGCACUGGAGUGACUGGUAAUCUGCACAGGCUGGUGCAACACAGACUAAAGGAAGAUGGAGCUUUUCUGGUUCAUCUUUACACAGUUCCCUCAGAGAAGGGCUUGGACACACAGAACUUCAAGUGUGCAGGCUGUCCUCAGCAGAUCGGCCCCUCGCUGGGCAAAGCCAGGUUAUGUGAGUUCUCAGGACAGUACUACUGUGACAACUGCCACAAGGGGGACACCACCAUCAUUCCCUCCCGGAUGCUGCACAACUGGGAUCUCACACACCGAGAGGUGUCAAAGAGAGCUCUUCGUCUGUUGGCUCAAGUAGAACAGGAACCUCUGCUUAACCUGGAGCAGCUGAACCCUGAGCUGGUGACACACUCGGAGUCCAUGACUCAGGCCCACACUCUGAGAGAGAAGCUGCGUCUCCUGGGCGACUACCUGCUCUCCUGCCGCAGCGGAGCCUGCAAGAAACUCCAAGCAAGAAUGGGCCAGCGAACAUAUCUGCUAGAGUCGAGCCAUCUUUACAGCGUCAUGGAUCUAAGACAGAUAGCAGAGAGCCAAUAUGCAAUCUUCCUUGUCCCACUGGUGCAGCACGCCUCUAAUCACGUGCUGAAUUGUGACUUGUGCACUCAGCGUGGCUACAUCUGCCAGAUAUGUCACUCCGAAGAUAUCAUCUUUCCCUUUCAGUUCGAAAGCAUUAUCAGGUGCACAGCCUGUAAAGCCGUAUUCCACCGGUCCUGCAAGUCCACCACUGAUUCUUGUCCACGCUGUCAAAGAAUGAAGAAGUACCUGGAGAGGAAUCUGCAAGAAUGAGAACUGAAGCUGGCUGCAAAACUCCACCUCUUUCAGGAUGUUUGACAUCUGUUAGAGGAAAGGAUUCACAAGACGUAACCAAUUAUGCAAUUAUGAGAGCGAUCAGCGUGAGCAAACCUAAAAAACGAAUAGAAGGGAGCCUCAGUGCCACAGUAGCUAGACCUUUGCACUGAUUCGAAGGUGCACACACUUGACACGAUGCAGCCAAAUGUUACUGCGUGGAGAUUUCAUUACCUCUACAAAUAUCAAGCCACGGCAUCAAAACAAAGACAGGACAGUGGGCGAUUGUAAACAACACACGUUUACAUUGUUGUUCAUUAUUUAGUGUCUGAUUCUCCUCGGUCAUGUCUACCAUGCAUGCUUCUUAUUCUGUAUUUACCUUAAUGUCAAGGAACUUGUAAAUAAUAGAAAAAGCUCUUUAUCAAAUUCACUGAUUUUGAUUGUGCCUUUUUAAAACUGUUGUCCCAUGAUUUAUUCUCACAGUUUAAAAAAAACUCACGACAAAUCUGUUUGUUUUAUUAACCAAUAAAAUAAACGACACAGAAGCGUUACAUUUUUAGGUUUUGUAUAAAUAUGAGUGCUGCAAAAUUUCUAUCUGCUGCGUGUACGGAAGGACGCGCGUUCAAAGAAAAGAGGUUUGCAAAUUAAGAUUCGGGUUAGUUAAUUUUGUUGGAUCUAAGGUGAAAAUAGAUGAUGUGUAUUUGCACUAUACAGAUAAAUGGCUCAAUUGUAGCUUUACUAUUUCCCAAGAAAACUAAUGAUUUAUGAAAACUUGCUUUUUAUUCCUCUUUUUUUUGUUUAUCUUUUUUUUGUUUUUAUCAAUAAUUGUUUGGUUAUCAUUAAUUAUUUGUGGAAACUGUCAACAAUAAAAGCAUUACAUGUUUAAUAAUUUCAUUUUGAUCUAUGCACAGCAUAUGGCAUUUAGAAGGCACAUUCUGCAGUACUGUUAUUCUUGAUGUGUACUCGUUUUAUCUUAAAGGGUCAAAUUGAAAUAAAUAUUGGAGUGUUGAA